UCUCGGUGCUGUAGGCGUAACUUGGCGGGAUGGCAUACCUGCCAUCCCAAUGCACAAAAAUUUUAUAUGAAAUACUGAAGUAACACAUUUGUCAUCUGUGUGGCCAGUGCCAGUCACCAUGCUGGAUUCAAUCACUCAUUUACAAAAUGUGAAUGUCAUUUUUAUUUCCUUUGCAAAAAUUGUUUUCAGUGUUCAGUAUGCUGAAGUCACCAUUUUGCGCUUCUACCGUAUUGGGCUACAGUCUCCAGUGCUUUACAUCUGAACCUGUGGCAAUGUGUUUCUAGUGCUGAUGCACGCUGAAGUGCAACAAUGGCAAGGCUGCAGACAAUCAGCAAGGAGGAGAUCCAGGAGAUGAGCAGUAGCCUGCAGUCGCGAGUGGUGACGGAGGUGGUCGCACAGGUGCAAGGCAUGCUGGGACAGUAUCCCAAGACAAUAUUCCAGUUCCAUGAUACUUUCAUGGGGACUAGGGGGGCCAGAUGUGACCUGGGGUUUAGGUUGUGUGUGGCACUGGGAGGGAAAUCUACAGGGGACUACAUUUUAAAAUUGGACAUGGGUUGCAGAUUGAAUUAGCCCUGCACAUUUUCAUGCGGAAAUAAACAGUCCUAAGGUUUAGUGAACAGAGACAUAGCCUAGUGUCAGUUAUGUUUUUGCAUUUAACAAAUUAGAUCUACAGCAUGCACUCCACCCACUUCCAUCAUCUUUUCUUUUCCAGUUGUGCCUGUUGAAACCAGUUCUUUAAGUAAAAGGUCAAAGCAAGAAUGUAGUGUUUGUUAUUUUUUUGUGAGGUUGUCUUGAAAGCAUUUUAUGUGGCUAUGGCUGUCAGGUUUAGAUUGGAUAUUCAAAUAGGCCUCAAGCAGGGAAAAAAAAACCUGUUUUGAAUUGUUAAAAAAAUGAAUGUAGCUUCGUUGGGUGGUGCGCUAUAAGCGAUUGGGUCACCCAGGGAAUGGGAGGGAUCAGUGGGUUAGGGGUCUGCAUUUCAUUGCUCUCUCGUCUCCCUCGCUGGUCAGUUGGCUGCCUGUGGACUGUGUGUCAAAGCUGCAUAUGAAAGGUCAUCCUCGACUCCGCUCUGUGUGAGCUCAGCUGUAGUCUGAAAAGUCUGAAAAGUCUGAAAAGAAUUGGAAUGGUGACACCACAUGUUUCCGUGGAGAAAUUUGCAGAUCAUGAAAAAUAUACGGCUGACUAUGGCUGAGGAUUACUGCACGAUUGAAGAGGAUGAGGUGAGGGAGAUCAGGGAGGCACUGGAAAAUGAGACCUUGACUUCAGCGGUGGCUAAGAUCCAGGACUAUUUUGAGCAGCUUGACCGUGUGGAACUAAAUAUUGCCAUCACGGGAGAGUCCGGGUCUGGCAAGUCCACCUUCGUCAAUGCAUUCCGAGGCCUGGGGGACGAAGAGGAGGGCUCAGCUAAAACUGGCGUGACUGAGACCACCAUGGAGCCAACUGUGUACCCCCACCCUAAAUAUCCCCAAGUCAAAGUGUGGGACCUUCCUGGGAUCGGGACACCCAACUUCAAAGCAGACGAGUACCUUCAAAAAGUACAAUUCCAGCGUUAUGAUUUCUUCAUCAUCAUUGCCUCAGAACGAUUCAAAGUCAGCAAUGUGCAGCUGGCCACUGAGAUACAGCGUACAAAGAAGAAGUUCUACUUUGUUCGUUCAAAGAUCGACAACUGCAUAAAUGCAGAGAAAAGAAAGAAGGGCUUUGACAAGGACAAAACACUCAGUUUAAUUCGGCAAGACUGCAUUACAGGCCUCCAGGAAAGCGGGGUAGAAUCCCCCACAGUCUUCCUCAUCUCCAGCUUCGAUCUACAGCUCUACGACUUCCCGCAGCUGGAGGAGACGAUGGAGAGAGAGCUGCCCAAGCACAAGCAGCGUGUGCUCCUGCUGUCCCUGCCCAACAUCACCCUGGACAUCAACCAGAGGAAGAAGGAGGCCUUGCAGGCCAACAUAUGGAAGAUGGCCCUGCUAUCUGGCACCAUAGCAACUGUGCCCAUCCCAGGUCUGUCCGUGGUGGUGGAUGUGAGCAUCCUGGUCAAAGAGCUCACCAGUUAUUACCAGGCUUUUGGCCUGGAUGAUGAAUCCCUGCAGAAUCUCUCUGAGAAAACAAAUGUGCCACUGGAGGAGCUGAAGGCGGUCCUCAGAUCCCCCCUCAACAAGGAGAUAUCGGCCGACGUGGUCAUCAAAUUGCUGACCAAAUUUGCUGGGGCAGGGCUGAUGCUGCUGGAGUACUGGGUCAGCACAAUCCCGGUGUUCGGCUCCAUGGCAGCCGGGGGGACCUCGUACGCCACCACUCACAGCAUGCUGACGUCCUGCUUGAAUGAGCUGGCGGACGACGCACACAACGUCCUGAUGAGAGCUUUGCAGACAGAAGUAUGAAGAGCAGACUUCACACCAGUUAAAGUGCCUUUCAGUACUAGUGCCUAUGAUCUUUAUGAAGAUGUUCUAAUGGAAAUUAAAGUUUGUAUAUUCUUUAACAAGAAAUAGUAGUGUUUGUAUUUGAAAAAACACAGCUAAGCAAUAUUUAUAAUGUGAGUAAUAUACACAUUUAUUAUAAUCAUGACUGUCACUGGAUUUUUAUGUGGAUGUAUUAACUGGUCUAUAAAAAGAAUUAAUUGACACCAUGGACAAAUACUUAGCUGGUUUGGUUUAUUUGACGUAAGUACCAUCAUCUAUAUCUCAGGAAACCUAUCCAUGUUCUGUUUUUUUUGGAUUAGUUUGGCACAUACAGGGUUGGGGGCUGGUCUUCCGUCUUUUAAAUAAAA